GCCCAUGAAAAGAGGACCCCUUCUUUGAACGGCAGGUGAGCCUUCGCCGCGCGCUCUUUCUCCAGGACGGUGUCCCCGUGUCGCAUUGCAAACUAGUGGUGGUGGUGGUUCCCUCUUCGCCGUCAUGGCCGCGCCGAAGCCACGCAACACUCGAUCAACGUCUCUCAGGGACGCCUCUGACUCCUCCAAGAUGGAGGGCACGGGUACAUGGGAUGCCCUCCAAUGGACCAAGUUUCAGCCUGGUUCACGCAACGUUUCGCAUGCCAAUUUAGAUUUCUUGCUGGAGGAAGAAAACAUCAUAGCCCAGGGACAUGGCGUUGUUCUUAUUAAUUCAGAUGAUGCAGGCACAUUGGUGGUCACAAAUUUUCGUCUUGUUUUUCUGAGUGAUCGAACUAGAAAUAUUAUUGCCCUUGGAACGAUUGCACUUGCAACAAUUGAGAAGUUUAACAAGAUAGCUGUAAAGAUGCAGUCAGCCAAUCGUCAAUUAGACAAGACACCCCCACAAAGACUGCUCCAGGUUAUUGGAAAAGAUAUGAGAAUUAUCGUUUUUGGUUUCAGGCCUCGUACAAAGCAGAGGCGUGUCAUAUUUGAUGCCUUACUAAGAAGUACAAAGCCAGCUGUACUAUGGGAUCUUUAUGCAUUUAUAUGUGGACCUUCUAAGUUUACUAACUCUAACCCAAAGGUGCGCCUACUAGAUGAGUAUUUCCGGCUUCUUGGAAAACGCUUUUACCGUGCUUCAAGCAAUAUGAUUGAAAGUGGAUCCUUUACCUUGUCAAAUGACUUGUGGAGAAUAAGUAAAGUGAACUCUAACUACAACGUGUGCCAGAGUUAUCCUUUCGCUUUGAUUGUACCAAAGACCAUAAGUGAUGAUGAAGUGCAACAAGCUUCCAGCUUUCGUGGUAGAUGUCGGGUUCCUGUAGUUUCAUGGUGCCACCCAGAUACGGGAGCGGUUCUUGCACGUUCAUCCCAACCUUUAGUUGGCCUCAUGAUGAAUAUGAGGAGCAAUGCAGAUGAAAAGCUCGUCGCUGGAUUAUGUGGCAAACUUUAUGAUGGCUCGCGCAGGAAGCUUUAUAUUGCUGAUGCAAGACCGAGGAAAAAUGCAUUAGCUAAUGGGGCCAUGGGAGGUGGUUCGGAAUCAUCUUCAAAUUACUUUCAGUGUGAGGUAGUUUUUUUUGGUAUAGACAACAUCCAUGCAAUGAGAGAAAGCUUUGCUCGGCUAAGAGAAUACCUAGACACUCAUGGCAAAUCAUCAUCAGAUGGAAUGUCAUCUUUCUUGAGACAUGGUGGGUCAACAUGGGGUGGAGGCAAUCUAAGUAGUAUGUCUACUUCAGUAUCUACUCUUGGGGACAGUGGAUGGCUACUACACGUUCAAAGUGUCUUAGCUGGUGCUGCUUGGAUUGCUGCUCGCCUUCAUAUGGAAAAGGCUUCUGUUCUUGUACAUUGCAGUGAUGGCUGGGAUAGAACAAGUCAAUUGGUUUCUCUUGCUGAUUUGUUACUUGAUCCCUACUAUCGCACAUUCACAGGGUUUCAGGCACUUGUUGAAAAAGACUGGCUAGCAUUUGGUCACCCAUUUUCAGAUCGUAUGGGAACGCCCUCAGUCUCUGGAAGUGGCAGCAUGCCUUUUGAGUUGACUAGACAGUCUUCUACUGGAACUUGCCCUUCACCACCCAUGCGCCAGUCAUCAUUCACAUCUCAGUCAUCCGCCUCUCAUGCACAGACUUCAAACCACUACUCUCCCAUUUUUUUGCAG